AUGACGGCAUCACCCAGCGUCUCACGGCCCACCAAACGCAACCACCAACGCUCACUGUCGCUGACACACUUUGACACGCCUGAGAGCCAUCUCUGCCACAGCCACCAGCCAGGCUCUCCUCUCCAGCCCAUGGACAGCAUCGACGACUCGCCGCUGUCUCUGGCCGUGGUGCACAUUGCCGACCUCGCGGACCGGUUCCGCCGCCACUGGCCCCAAGCGAUUCUCGUCUCUGCGGCCUUUUCUCUUUACUACGCGCUGCUCGGCCGCCGCAGCCAUGUCCUCCUCAUCGCCGCCGCCGUCGCGGCGCUCACAUCGCCCUCGACACUCGCCCGCCACGUACCGUCGCUCCUCGGCGCCGCCGUGAUCGCCGCGUGCAGCCUCGUCGCUCUUCGACUCGCCAUCCUCACCACCGCCCACGUCUUCCUCGACGCGCCGACACGCUCGGCCGGCAGCAGCGUCUUUCUCCCCAGCCGCACCACGCACACCCGCUUCUUCCCCGAGAAGCACAGCUUCGCCUACUCCUACCUCACCGUCGGCGUGCGCGUCGGGCUGCGCGCCCGCAACGUCAACGGCAUCCUCGCCGUCGAUGCGCCACCCUCCGCCCGCGGCAGCUGGUGGGCGUGGCUCGCGUCGCCGCUGUACGAGGUCGAUGCCGCGCGCCACCUCGCUCGCGGGCCCGACGGCGGCGGUCUGCGCGCCAAGCUCGAUCGCUUCCUCGCCAGCCAGUCGGUCGACCCCGGUGACUACCCGCACGCCUUCCUCGUCACGGCGCCCGUCUUCCUCGGAUACAGCUUCAACCCGGUCUCGUUUUGGUACCUCUACUCACCCGCCAAGGUCCUGUCCGCCAUGAUCCUCGAGGUUAACAACACCUUUGACGAGCGCCGGCCGUACCUCGUCUUUCGCGACUUUGACCAAGAAGCCAAGCACAUCCAGUCGACUGAUCCCACCUCCACCGACACCACGCCGUCUAAAAUCGCAGCAUCCUUCGAAAAGGACUUUCACGUGUCGCCGUUCAACUCGCGCAAAGGCUCCUACAGCCUCCUCGCCAAGGACCCUCUCGGCCCCGGCAUGGCCGCCUUUCGCGGCCUCGACGUCACCAUCACCCUGCAGUCCUCCAAGGGGCACCCAAAACUCGUCGCCCGUCUCGUAAACCAGCACGACGCCAUUGACGUGGCCGCUAUGACGGCCCUGCGCAAGCUCCGCUUCGUGUGCCGCUACUUCUGGAUCGGCUUCGCCACGUUUCCCCGCAUCGUCAAGGAGGCGGCCGCGCUCUUCUUCCGCCGCCGCCUGCACGUCUGGUUCCGUCCGGAGCCGCGCGCGCAGAGCCUCGGCCGCCACGCCACGUCCACCGAGCGUCGCCUCGAAGCCGUCUUCCGCGCCUACCUGCGCCACCGCGUCGAACAGGCGCCCGAGGCCCUCCGCGUCCGCUACGUUGCCAGCGGCAUCACCCCGGCCGACGCCGCCGAGCACGUCUUUGCCUCGAGCACGGCCCCAGCAAUGUCGUCUACCUGUGAUGUCGAGAUUCGCGUACUGACGCCCGUCUUCUACGCCCGCUUCGUCCACUACGCGCACGACGUGGAGGGCCUCUUCAACGAGCUGGCCGAGAGCUGUACCGUCGCCGUCGAUAACCCCGACAUGCUGCCGCAUAUUUUUCUGAAGAAGGCGCCGCCGCCGCUUCUCCGCGCGUCUGGUGUCCUCGAGUAUGCGGCGUUCAAGGUGAUUCAGGUCCUCCGGCGCAUGCCCGCGGCCAUCAAGCGACCCAUGACAUCGGCAGAGUGGAGCGCGGCGCCGCCGUGCAAACCGGUGGACAUUCGAGAGUUUCGCAUCUCCCCCAUGGAUGCGUACGUGCUCGAGCACGGCAGCGACAGCGUCAAGAGAACCUACCGAGCGGCCGUGGUCCGCCUGUUCCUGGCCGACCGCUUCUUUCUGGGCAGCUUGGAGUUGCUGUCCGCUGUGGAAUUUGUGUGCGUCGCCGGCGUCGCUUACCUUUUAAUAUCCGCUUUCAAACGCUCAUAA